GAGAGAGAGAGAGAGAGAGAGAGAGAGAGAGAGAGAGAGCAAUCAAGCUCGCCCGCUAUAGGACUAUACGGUAAUACGUGAAGACGAUAUACCAUGAACUAGGGGUGGUGUAUUCAUUUUUUAAAUUUAGUAAACAAGAAGGACAAGGACACGAGGGGAGACAGAAAUUGAAAAGUCUGAAGAAGAAGAAGAAGAAGAAGAAGAAGAAGAAGAAGAAGAAGAAGAAGAAGAAGAAGAAGCUGCAAGAUGCCUGAGCAAAGUAAUGACUACCGCGUGGUGGUGUUUGGGGCAGGGGGAGUGGGCAAGAGCUCGCUGGUGCUACGAUUCGUCAAGGGAACCUUCCGGGACACCUACAUCCCCACCAUCGAGGACACCUACCGGCAGGUGAUCAGCUGUGACAAGAGCGUCUGCACCCUGCAGAUCACCGACACCACCGGCAGCCACCAGUUCCCUGCCAUGCAGCGGCUCUCCAUCUCCAAGGGCCAUGCCUUCAUCCUGGUCUACUCCAUCACCAGCCGGCAGUCCCUGGAAGAGCUCAAGCCCAUCUACCAGCAGGUCCUGCAGAUCAAGGGCAGUGUGGAGAGCAUCCCCGUCAUGCUGGUGGGCAACAAGUGCGACGAGACCCAGCGAGAGGUGGAGACCAAGGAAGGGGAGGCCCAGGCCCAGGCAUGGAAGUGCGCCUUCAUGGAAACGUCGGCCAAGAUGAACUACAACGUCAAGGAGCUCUUCCAAGAGCUGCUCAAUCUGGAGAAGAAGAGGAACAUGAGCCUCAACAUCGACGGCAAGCGCUCAAGCAAGCAGAAGAGGGCGGACAAGAUCAAGGGGAAGUGUAGCAUCAUGUAGGCAGAGCCGGUGGCUGGGGUGGAGUGGAAAUGAAAGUAGGGAGGGCUGGGGAAGGGGGAGGAGAAGGACACAUCCCAUAGCAUAGCCAUCAUCUCCUCCUCCCCUUAUCCGCAUUAGGGGAGUUAUAUUUCAGAAUACUCUUCCCAUCAACCAGGCAUCUAAUCCCAACUCUGAAGCAGAGUCGCAGUCUCAUUCUCAGCCUCAUUCUCAUUAUUUCAGAGGAGUGCAUUGCAGUAAUCUCUCUACACAGGAAGGGGAGGGAGGCAUGAUGUACAGGAGGAAGGUUACGAGAUGGGCGACUGGAGAGGGUUAGGAGGAAUCAGGGAGUCUGGGAGGGAAGAAUCACCACGGCAUAGAUAUAGAUACAUAUAGAGGGAAGUAUUAAUCGAGAUCUUUAGAGAUGGAAUCGCAGGAUGAGAACUAGCAUACAGGAUUGUGUUACGUAGUCCAAAUAGUGGACAUGUGGUAGAAGGGAUUUCUGUUAAAAUAAUUAAUUUUGAUCAUUUACUGUAUUCCUUCGAAUUUCUGUACCAUUUUUUGUUUCUUAAA